AUGCAAAGUAUAAGAAACCGAUCAAGGAUAAAAGUGGAAGAUGAUGUCGAAGCAGCGGAUCAAAAAGAAGUAGAUGUUCAACUUCAAGGCACCAAGUCAUUAUCAACUGCUAAGUUGUUUUUCAUUAUAUUUAUGAUUCGACUAUUCAACGCGUUAACCAUGAAGACCUUCUUUCAAGCUGAUGAAUAUUAUCAAGCCUUAGAACCAGCUCAUGCUUAUGUAUUUGGGUAUGGGUAUGUUACAUGGGAAUGGAAAGAACGUCUAAGAUCAUCAAUUCAUCCAUGGAUUUAUAUUAUGGGUUAUAAGCUCGUGUCACUUUUCAGUGACGAUGUGGAAAUGAUCAUUUUGGUACCAAAGGUUAUUGGUGCUAUUUUAGCAACAAUUGGAGAAGUGGGAUUAUAUAAAUUGAGUCAAGUCUAUACUAAGGAUGAAUACAUUUCCAGAGUUACGUUGUUAUUAUCACUUUUCAAUCCAUUCAAUUGGUAUAUUAUUACCAGAUCAUUUUCAAAUAGUUUCGAAACCAUUUUAACUAUCUUAGGGUUGUUAUUUUGGCCAUGGGAUUAUAAGAUUAACUAUCUGAGAUUCAUCAUAUCAUUCAUAUUUUCCAUUACAAGCAUUUUAACCAGACCAACCAAUGGAUUGAUCUGGGGUUAUUUGGGACUAAAUUAUUUAAUCAAUGUUAAAGCUAAUAUAUUUCAAAUUAUUAAAUUAGGAAUGGUGUUUUUAAUUACAUCAAUUAUAAUAAUUUCGAUUAGUUUGGGCUUAGAUUAUCAAUUUUAUGGAGAAUUAACCUUCCCAGUUUAUAAUUUUAUUGAAUUUAAUGUGAUUAAAAAUUUAUCAAUAUUUUAUGGGGUUGCACCAUGGCAUUUUUAUUUAUUUCAAACUAUCCCAAUAUUAUUAAUGACAUAUUUACCAUUUUUAAUCCAUUCGGAGUUAUGGCUUAAACAUUAUAAAGAUAUCUUAAGUCAAGUUAGCAUAUUUGUUACGAUUGGAUUUUCAUUAAUAGAGCAUAAGGAGUUUAGAUUCAUUUAUCCUUUGCAGCCAAUGUUUUUAAUAUUAUGUUCAUAUUCGGUUAAGCAAUUUAUGCAAAUUAAAACAAUAGCAACAACUAUAAGAAAAGGAAUAAUUUAUUUAAUUAUAAUUAUUAAUAUUUUAAUUACCAUAUUUUUCAGUCAAAUUCAUGAAAGAGGGGCAAUUGAUGUGAUUGAUUAUUUAAAAAAUGAUUCAAAUAAUGUUAAAUCAAUGGGUUUUUUAACUCCAUGUCAUUCAACCCCCUGGCAAAGUCAUAUUCAUAAUACUUUAUUAAGUAAUAAUUCCUGGUUUUUAACUUGUGAGCCUCCAUUACAUUUAACCGAUGUUUCGGCAACUGUUGAAAAUAUACAUGCAUAUAGAGAUGAAUCCGAUCAGUUUUACGAUAACCGAUUACAGUUCUUAACGGAUAAUUUCCCACCGUUUAAUAAAAUUGAUUAUAAUAAACGAUAUCAUGAAUGGCCAAGUCAUCUAAUUAUCUUUGAACCAGAGGAACAAUUUAUGAACCAAUUCCUUGAGCUGUCAUCUUAUUAUCAAUGUCGACGGUUUUUUAAUAGUUAUUUCCACUGGGAUUCGAGGAGAAAUGGUGAUUUCAUAGUAUAUUGCAAAACGUGA